AUGCCUUCAUUUGUCACCUCGAAGGCUUGUUUGUUGUCAAGUGGCCUGAUAGCAGUGAGGGCCGCAACACGAUUCUGCUUUUUACCAUCACAGUCAAUUCUGCACAACUGGCAGAACAACGGUUGGAGAAUAGACUCAAAAUUAAUGCUCUGCAAGGACCUCCUCAACAUCAUUAAGAUGAGAGACGAUGGACUUGUUCUCUUCUCUGAUAUUGGUAAGACGCACUUUGGGAGUGGGAUGCUGAGUACAGAGUACUCUGAUGAUCUUCCAAAGGAGUUUCACUUCACCCUUGACCAACUGACUGACCAUGGGAAGAUGCACCAGCAUAUGAGAAGGACAUAUGGUUAUGGGUGCCCUCACUGCUAUGGAAGGAAAAUUCUGGCAAAAAGAGCUUUAAUCAAAGCAUGA